AUGCGGGGCCACAGUUCCAUCGUGCAGACGUGCACUCUUUGGAGCCGCCGCAAUCUGUACCGACUCGACGCACCAAACUUUCUCUUCUCAUCCAACAUUCAAAGUCGAACCCUGGCGGUACCUCUGCAAUCCCCUCAGCUCCUCCCCUUCCGUACUUUCUUCCGCUCUCGGACCGGCCCAGUGCUACUGAUCUUCCUCGAUCUCAAAGUCCCUAUAACCCUGCCAGCAAGCGCAUACCCCGACCGAUCUCGGGGUCAACCCCGAUUUCCCGCCCUGGCCACCUUCUCCGCAGACCAACGGACUAUGCAUGACCGACCGGCCGACCGCUGUUUUCAUGAAGACCGGCUGUGA